AUGUCAAGGAGCUGCUUAACACUAGACCCACAGGAUGGUACACAGCCGGAUGUAGAGCGAUGCGACGUGACAGAGGACUUGAAUGACAUCCUACCUCUUUGCACCGCGCUCGUUCCUGCCGAACGACCGACAUACGUCGACAAGGCAGAGGCCAAGGCCGAGGCGUGCAGCGGCACCAGCACUGAUUGCGCAAAAAUCACAGAAUGGACUCGCGAGACGCCGGCGCAUGCGUUGCUCGAUCUCUCCAGCCAAAUCGGAGGAAAAGUUAGAUGGCCUGUUAAGGUGGUGCAGUGGAGUAGAAUCCAGCAGGCUGGUGACUUGAGCAGUAGUCCAUCAAUCGAGGCUCAGCUCGAAGUCCUCUCCGCUCUCGCGCGCUACUUCGCGCACCUCGACGCGCUGCGCUCGACGCAAGUAGAUGCUAUAGACGACGACAACGACGCUGUGAACGAAGCGAGCGAAGAGCUGAACUGCUCCUGCUCCUUGCGCUUCACGCUCAACCCGAAACGCCUUGCGCAAUAUUACGAACAGCCGCUGUCAGCAAAGUUUGCACGGCGGGUAGCACAAAAUCUACUCGAGCUAAACGAGCAGAUCAGCCGUAAAGCGAAGCAUGUCGUUGCUGGCCUGAAGGCGUACUUCACCAAGGAGGAGACCAGCAAAGGUAGAUCAGUCGCUGUGCCUAAUCCGGAGACCUAUUUCGCAUUUCCGUGA